GCGGCGUUAUUCGUCGCCUUAAAGCGAAUUUUCCAGAAAAACAACAUAAAGCGAGAGUGUAUAUUAGAUAUUUAAAGUUUAGACAUAAGUACGGAGUAACAUGAUCUCAUAAAUCUAUAUUUGCAGCAAAGUAAGAUGCAAGGAACAUCAGUGUUAAUGUAUUUUGAAAUAUUGUUUAUCUAAUCGACUGCGAAUGGAGGAAAGCCAUAACCACGUCACUCCAGACCCAUUACCGGGACCCGAUGUAUUGGGAAGUCGUCCACCGAAGCAAUUUCAUACUCGAAUAGUUUGGCUUGGCGUGGUGCAACUCGUUCUUGGACUCCUGAUUCUGUUCAUUGGGAUUUUGGAUCUCGCGUUUAGUUUUGUUGCAUUCGAUGUAUUUUAUCUCGCCAAGGUCGGUGCUGGAAUAUGGAUAGGAAUAGCGGUAAUUGCCACAGGCUGCGUAGGCGUUGUGACGUCACGAUCCCAGCUUCGAAGGCACACAACGCUCAUUUUGUUUCUCUGCUUGUCGGCCAUCAGUUUGGUUUUCUGCAUUGUUUUGAUAAGUAUUGCAAUCUCUGAGAUGGUCUCUGGUGCUUUUGCCGAGGGUACUAUGGAGCAGCAACAAAAAGACCAAGGCAUAACCGACAUGUCUGCAUGCUUUAACCAAACUAGUACCGAUAGUGGCAACAACACUCGCUGUAUUUCAAAAACUACCUUUAACCAGAAGACUGCGUCUGCUGCAAUGGCUAUAGUAUUCGGAUUGUUGGAAUUGCUGACCAGUUUCUACAGCAUUGUAAUCACGAAACAAAUUAUUGAUCGAGAGUUCGGGACCUGGAACCUAUUUACCCAAGGGCUGAACGAAUCAGUAGGCACAGGAAGGGACCUAACGCUCCCUGGAAUGACGGUGUCGGAUUAUUUCGGAAGACACGAUGCCGAAGACGGUGGUGUAACCGGUCCGUACAACCAUGUAGAAGAACACCAAUCUACUAAUUUGCACGGUUCAAGCAGGACUGGUUCACAGAGGCACGUGCAGAACCAAUCGGUCUCAUCACGAGAGUUUCCAGACUCGGAACAAUUUCGGUCACACUUGGAAGUUAUCAACAAUCAAUACUGAUUAACUGAAUUGUUUUAUAUGCGACGCGAAACUAUAUACAUGGAAGAGUUACCACAGACGUAUGGUUCGCAGUUCCCGCAGCACUGUGGUUUGUGCUGGCACGGCGCAAAGCACUUAUAACUGCCGUGGCCUGUCUCGUUAUCAAAAACUGCGUUAUUUGUAAUGUACAUUAUUAACGUCAAUGUAUGCAUUUACUUUAUACACAACAAUUUGUAUCUGUCAGCACCGUGUUGUAAACGUUACUUACUCCAUGUUUUACAAAUAAGAUCAAUGCACUUUAUUGGUGGUUUUUUAUUCGUGAAAUAGUAUCGAUGAAUGAUUUUUUUAAUAAGCUAAACACUUGAAAUGUGCAUUUAUACAACACAAACUUUAGCACCAUGAAUAAGAUUUCCUCGGCUGUUAAAACAACUUUUAAGUAUGAAUUACAUUUUAGCGCCACAAGGAUUUAAAAACAGCAUGAUUGAUUGAUAUCCAAUGGUAAUUUAGAAAGUUUACAAUGUUUUAACAUUUGCAAACUUCCAAAUGGCAGUAGUCCCCAUGACACAACUCUACAUGAUGGUAAGAAGUGAAUUAAAAACUAAAUUCACAAAAUCAUUGUAUCAGUUUUUCACUGGCUGAGUACUAACGUAUACAAACAGCACAAUGAAAGAAAUAAGGAUGGCCAAAAACGG